AUGGAAGUAGAUGGACGGCUAUCAGAGGAAUAUCUUGUCAAAAUAAGUCGUUUUAAUUCAGCAAAAGAGAGGUUGGAUGAAAUUAGAGGUAAGUAUAGUUUUUUGUGAUGCUUUAUGUUUAGAUCAACUUAAUCAAUCAGAGUAUGAGACUAUAACUGAGGUUUUAACGUCUUCUGUGAAUCAACUGGUUUCUAACGAUGUUUAUGGUAUUAGAGACGAAGAGUUUGAACGGGCCAGGAUAAAGUAGGUUCUUGUUAAGGAUGUACUUGCAUUUUUUGUGGUUUUAUGUUCUUAAAAACAUUUUUUACAAUAAAAGUGGUUUAGAUUCUAUUUUAUAUUAUUACUUAUGAAAUUAUGUUAUAUUAUAACUUCUAACUAUAAUUAUUUUUUAUUUAGGGUAAAGAACUUGUACAAAGACGAAACAAUCGUUGAAAUAAAACGACUUGGACAUCGAGAUUUCACGCAGAAGUUGAAGUAUGACAUUACCAAGGAUAUUACACUGCAAAACAGUUUCUUUGGAUUGAUUGCUAACUAUGAGCCAGAAUACUUACGGCUGGCUAUUGAGGCAAUAUUGGACGUGAAGUUUGAAACGUUGGAAGAGUUUAGGAAAGAGUUUAGAAAGGUGGCAAACAAGAAGUUGUUUACUUCGCACAGGAUCAUGUCGAAUCCCAAAUAUGCAUAUGGAUCUGCAACGUGAGUUUACUCUUGAUAUUAAAAUUAGUAUCGCUUUCUUGUUGUGUUUGAGUUAUAUAAUAUAUGAAAGAACAGACAAGAUUAAUUUAACGUUUACUAUUAUAUUACUUUCUUUAAUGUUUGUACGGACUAUAAUAUAUGGUUUUUAAUAUUCGAGCAUUUAACUAUGGUUAAAUGUUUUAGUAAAGUUUACACAGAAGAAGGCAAAAGUAUUGCAUACGUUCAUUUCUUGGCUCUUUCGUGUCAGCUGAUUGCAUUAAUGGAAUAUAUGGUUAACGAUCGUGUCAUACUCAAUUUGACCCGGAUGUUCACGUUGAAAUCAACUUUUACUGUAAGCAUUUAAUAUUUGCUUUAUUAAUAGUUAAUGUAUCUAUCUUUGGCACAUAUUUAACACAAUUUAUCUGUAAAAUCUAGUUACGGUUUUUUUUGAAAGGCUUAAAGAAGGUUGUAGUAAUUGGCAUUUUUUAGACAAGCAAAGAUAUGAUAAUGGAAAUAAGCAAGUUGUUCAUGCCAGGUUCGGUGGUCUUACCACGGUUCUUCAAUUUGUGUAAUUGUCAGUUUAGUUACGAACAAACAAUGUUACACAAUCACAACUACAACGUCACAGAUCUGUCUAGUGAUCUGAAUGAUGGAGUUGUGUUGUCGAGGCUGAUUGAGAAUGUGCAGUUUUCAAAAAGUGGCAAGUUGAAAACGGUAACUGGAUUAAGGUUGAACGCUGAGAACGACCGGUUGAACAAGAUUAGAAACAUUAAGAAUGUUAUUGAAUUGGCCAAGGAAUGGGAAGUGAUUGCUACAGGUAUGUCAUCGUCACUGUCAUUUGUUUUUUUGCUGUAAAUACAGUGUUUUCGUUGCUUUAUUGUAUUAUUGUUAUCUCUUGAUAUAAGGUUAGUUAAAAAAGCUUUUGUCAGUUACUUUGGUGUUUCCAAGCUGUUUUGUUAUGCUAUAUUAAUUUUUUUAGAUUUGAACGUUAACGCCACUCUGAUUCAUGCUGGUGAUAAGAAGGAGAUCAUCAGCCUUCUUCUUCAUAUCUUUGGAGCACAGCCACUUUUCACUCAAGAACCUGUAGAAGUUAAAAGGAGCCUGAAUAGUACCAGAAGUCCUUUCAAAAGGCCCGAUAUUAAACUUGACAUGGAUUCUACUAGGAUUUUGCAGUCAAGGGACAACUUAUUUGAUGAAACUGUAGAACAAAGUCGGCCUUUGUUGGAAGUUAUCCUUGAGGAGUGUUCUGGAAGAAGCAGCAUUGAGUCUGGUUCUUCAGGUGAAAGAGAAAGUUACAUUGAAACUGAAAUGGACACAGGAUUAGAAGGAAGAGAAAAUGAGGUUGAAUUGCAAAUUGGUACAAAGUUAGAAGAAGACAAAGAAAAUAAAAUUGAACAAGAAGUGAAUACAGAGUUUGAAGAACGAAAGGAAAAUUAUGUUGGAUUGGAAUCUGAAAAAGAGUUGGAAGAAGACACGGAAAAUGACAUUCAAUCAGAAAGAGAAACAAAGUUCGAAGAAGGAACAGAAAAUAAUAUUGAAGCAGAAAGAGAUACAGAGUAUGAAAAAAGAAACGAAAAUAUCGUCGAAAUCAAAAGUGGUACAGAGUUUGAAGGAUUAAAACAAAUUGAGAUUCAACUAGGGAUGGACACAGAGUUAGAAGAAGAAAAAGAAAAUGAGUUUGCAUUGAAAUCUGAUAUAGAGUUAAGAGACGGCAAAGAAAAUAAUAUUGAACUAGAAAGGGAUACAGAGUAUGAAGAACGAAAAGAAAAUGUCAUUGGAUUAGAACCGGAUACAGUUUUAGAAAAAGAAACAGAAAAUGACUUUAAGUCAGGAGCUGUUACAGAGUUAAACGAAGGAAAGGAAAUUGAACCAGAAGUGGAUGCAUCGUUAGAACAAGGGAAUGAGAAUGGAUUUGAACCAGUACUAGAUACAGGGUUAGGAACAAUAAAAGAAAAUGACAUUGAAUUAGAGAUGGGUACAUCGUUAGAUGAAGAGAGUAAUCAAGACUGUGAAUUAGAAGUAGGUACACGGUUAACAACAAUAAUAGAAAAUGACGUUGAAUCAGAAAUGGGUACAAAUAGUUUUGGAGAAGGAAGAGAAAAUGAGAUCGAACCAGAGAAGGAGACAGAGUUGGAAGAAGAAAAAGGAAAUGAAGUUGAAUUAGAAGCUGGUUCAGUGAAUGAGGAAGAAAGUGCAGUGAUAGAAGAAGAAAUCAAAGUGACAUACGAACUUCACCGAAACGUACCGUGCAUCGAGGAAGUGAGUGUUUAUGAUGAUUCGACGGAUUCAACGGUUUUUUCUCAUUUACAAUCUUGUUUUUUAAUUCAGCAAACGAGAACAGGAUUGCAGUUGAACAUGGCGCAGUACAAUGCACUGGAUGAACAAGCCAAUAGGUUAGAACCUCCUAUAAGCAAUCCAAAUGCGGAUUGGGAUUACUGGGCUACCGUGAUUCAGGUAGGUAUUAGUGAUAGUAAAUUACGUUUUAAAUAGGUUAUUAUAUAGAAUUUAAUAUACUUGUGUUAGUGUUUGUCAUAUAAUCGAAAUUAGAAUGUAUGAUGAUUUUUUUGCAAUUUCAGAAGGUAUGGCGAGGUUACAGAGUCAGAAAACGAAACAAACAGCGUCUGGAAGAGCUGCGUAGGAACGUCGCUCAAAAGUCAGCGGUGCUACAGUACAAUGUUCUGAGUCACAGCAACUUCACCGUGCUCAAGCGUAUUACUACAUACAUUCCAUUGCUGGUAUCGGACUCUUUAUACGACCGGCUGGUCGCUGUUACGUUCAUGAGUAAGUUUACUUUAAGUUUUUAUGAAGUGUAGGUAAGGUUGGUCAAAUGUAUGGUUUAUUCAGAGUAUUGUAGGAUUGUUUAGCUCACAAUGUUUGUUUCAGACAGGAUAUUCGAGUACAACCAUCAGUUUGUGAAUAUAUUCGUAGAACGGCAAGGCGUUAAAGCUGUCGUCGAUAGUAGCACAUUUCUGUUACGAAGUGCUCAAGAUGUGAUUGUUCAGAAGGCGGUGGCACAACUUAUUUUGAAUAUUGUGGUAAGCUAUGCUAAACUGUUAUUUAUAUUAAAGAGGACUCAUAAGAGCUGUCCCGAAUUUAUUUUGAAUUUUUGUGUGAGAUUAAAAAAUGUUAUAGUGUUACGGUGAAUCUGGAAUUGUGCAAAUUCACGCUACAGACCUAGCCAAACUGCUGAUGAAGAAUCUGAGGAAAUAUCGACCGCAAAGUGGGAUUGUUGAUGCUGAUAUAAAAGACAUAUUUGUGAAAACUUCAAGGUCAUUGAAGCUGCUCACUGAUUUCCCUUCAGCUCUAGAAGUGGUAAGUCACUUUGUUUGUGUAUACGAUGUACUUAUAUUAGGGCAGUUAGUGUUGCUUAUAACAUUUAUUUUGUGUUAAUUUAGUUGAUAAUAAGUUUUUGAAUGUCAGCGUAUCAUGGCGUUGACGUAAUAAUAUUUAACUUUACUUCUAAUUUUAACUUUAUUUUGCCAUUGACAUUUUUGAAUGUUAUAGAUGAAAAAGUACAACAUCAGUUACUACCUAGACAAAGUGAAUCGUAUCCAGUUCAGAGGAGAUGCGUUGACGUUGCAAAAAGCUGUGUUUAAUCUCAAACAAUGUGUUCGUCUGGUAGACACUAACUAA